AUGUUGUCCAGCAAGUGUGACAUUGUCACGACAUUCAUCGGCGUCAUCAAUCCAGGUGGGUUGCGGUUCUUAGGACAAGCAAUUAUACCGAUGGAGCCCGGAUGGGAAAACAAGACAAAGAUUUGUGCACCGCUGGCAAAAUGGAAGUCUCCAGUAAACGAGUGUGUCGUGAGACUGAACUGCUUCACAAAGGGCACGAUGGAGCUGGAAAUUAAGCCCAUUUCGUCUCGGAUGCCAAAAGUGUCGAGCAAUGCGUCGUCAACUUCUUCGGCACUAGUGACACCUAAAAUGACGCAUCGAGCGCUUUGCCUUGCGGAAGACGCUGGUGAUGCGGUGAGGCGUUCAAGCGUUCUCGUGGACACAAGUUCCCUCCUCUUCGACAAUAUGAGUGCCGAGCUACUGAUUUUCGCGAAGAGCAGUAUGUACGUGCUAUAUGUAUUGAGUUACGCACAGCAGCAGUUGUGGGAAUACAAGAUCAAUCUGCGUCGACGUGUAUCACUGAUUCCGUAA